AUGGUAAGGAGCGAUCCGAAAACCGGGGAGGAAGUGUCAACAAUCGCUCACUUCGGAUCGAAGAACCACAAACUUAUCGGUACGGACGAUACGGAAGAAACCCAGGGUAUCAUGAGGGAAAAGAUGCUGAAGUCCUUUUCGGAAUACCAGAGGAGGGGUAGCGGAUGGAGACUACGUAGAGUUACCCAGCUGGAAAUCCACAUCGGAGAGUUCCGACCACUUAGGGGUAAGAAACACGAACCACUACCCAAAUCCAUAGCUGACAAAAAGGCGAUCAUCAACAUGAAGAACGACGACGACGAGUGCUUCAAGUGGGCUGUCACACGUGCCCUGAACCCCACCAACACCCAUCCGGAAAGAAUCACAAAAGAACUCAAAAGGCAAUCCGAAGAGUUAGACUGGGAAGGGACCGAAUUCCCAACACCGAUAAACGGUAUCAAAAGAUUCGAGAAAAACAACAACACAGGCAUUAACGUGUUCGGCGCCGACGAAAGACUCGAGGUCUACCCCUUACGGUUAUCAGAAAAGUCCGAUCCCAUAAGACUUUUCCUAUGGAAAAACCAUUACAGUGUAGUCAAGGACAUGUCUAGACUCGUGGGUUCACAAACACCUGGAACUAUGCUUGAACAACGACUACCAAAGACACGAAUAUCCAAAACCCGGAAGCACCACAAAAUUCGAAAACUACGAAAAGAUACAAGAAUUCCCAAUUACCAUUUACGCAGACUUUGA